GCUUUAGAAUACCCUGCUUGGAAAAUGAAUGGAUAUCAAGCUCUUCAAGGGGACAGAAUAAGCUCUCGAGUCAACGACACUACGAUACUCUAAGGAGACAUGUCUUCAUGGCUUGUACCACUCUAUCAAAUCCUUCUACUAAAGAAACUUCUAAUUUCGUACGGCUUUGUUGCCUUCUUAUUGAUGUUGGAUCAUGUGUGUUAAGGGAGAUCUUUGACAGUAAAUGUCCUCCAGGAAACCUUCACGCAGUUCUGGCUCAGCCUCAAAACAAAGAAAAAUUACGAUCACUGAGAAAGAAGAGAGUCCUGAGUCGCUCCCAGUGGUUCACACUGUAUCCUGCUUGCCAAUCUCUAGUUUCCUCAAGGGACUUAGAAAUCUCCUCACUGCUUCUCCUGUUGAGGAAUAUCUUUGGUUUGACUUUCCCUACUGGUAGCAGCAAUAAGCUUCCUCCUGCCACAGACACCUCUCCAGAAGCUGACAUCACUCGAAUCAAAGUCUUAAGAGACAGAGUUUACAGUCAUACAGCGAGUGGUUCAGUUGAUGAUUCAACUUUCAGUUCUUACUGGAAUGACAUCAAAGACAUCUUUUUGCGCAUUGGAGGGACCCGCUAUUGGUAUCACAUUAAUGAUAUCAAACUUGACUAUAAACAGCUUCUGAGUAAGUGGUUGAAGGAUGAAGACUGCAUUGCAGAGGAAUCAAAUGAAGAAACAAUCAUUAAAAAGGCCAGGGAGGAAGGGGAUAUGGAGGAUUCCAUCGAUGUUUCUGAACAAAAUUCAUGGAAGAGAGGUGUGUGUAAUUUUAGUUGAUACUAAGAUUUAAACUUAUUAUGUUGUGUCAUUGAGGUUAGAUGUACUGGAUCAUUACAUGAAAAGAAGUUCCUGCAAAUUAUUUACUUAUGUUAACCUGUUAACUCCCUGCAAGAUCAAAUUGUUUCUCCUCCCCUCUCACUGAUACACAUUUUCUUGCAACUUAGCUAGGAGAAUUUGGUGGUAGAUCAAGAAAAUAACUUCUACCUGAUAAGUUUGGAUAUUCUCAAUACCUGUUUCUUGGAUAACAUAUGGAUUUUAUAGGGAGAAGUUACAUGUUAAUCACUUCUGGGAGUUAAAGUGGUUAAGGUCUCAGUUGCACAAAAAUGCAGUUUUGAGUCAAAAUUUUCCCGCAAUGUCAGCUGUGUCCAUUAUUGGCUUUUUUCCUUCAUCUUUGUUACAUUAUUUUUUUCCAUUUGGAUGAGC